GUCAGAGGAAAGGGCCGAGCUGCGGGUAGCUGGGAGAGCGGGGAGCUGUCAGCGGAGAGCGCCGGGCUCGUUCUCCUGGCCGGAUUCCGAGCUGGCAAGCCCAGCUGACUUCGCUCGCGGGCAGAGGGCAGUCUUGGAGCUCCCGGAGCUCCAGGAGCAGCCUCUUUUGUAGAAGUACCUGCAAUGCGCGGCCUGGUGCCCUAAGCAAUAGCGGCAACGCCAGCCACAGCGACAGCUCUGGGGCCCUGUGUAGCAGCUCCAUUCCCUUAUCUUUGUGUCAGCCUGCGGCCCCAGACCCAGAGGCAGGCCACUUCAUGAUAAAAUACUGGACUCCAUUUGCUUUGGAAUUAUGCUGCUAGGACCCCUCAGGAUCUUCAGAUUACCAGGGAAGAUUUAGGACUCCAAGAAUGUUUCCCUUGAAGGAUGCCGAAAUGGGGGCCUUUACCUUCUUUGCCUCUGCUCUGCCCCAUGAUGUCUGUGGAAGCAAUGGGCUUCCUCUCACACCAAAUUCCAUCAAGAUUUUAGGGCGCUUUCAAAUCCUCAAGACCAUCACUCACCCCAGACUGUGCCAGUAUGUGGAUAUUUCUAGAGGAAAACACGAGAGAUUGGUGGUGGUAGCUGAACACUGUGAACGGAGUCUAGAAGACUUGCUUCGUGAAGGGAAACCUGUGAGCUAUUCGAAGGUUCUGUGCAUAGCAUUUGAGGUACUUCAGGGCUUGCAGUAUAUGAAUAAACAUGGUAUAGUGCACCGGGCACUGUCUCCUCAUAAUAUCGUUUUGGAUCAAAAGGGACAUGUUAAAUUGGCUAAAUUUGGACUUUAUCACAUGACAGCGUAUGGUGACGAUGUUGAUUUCCCAAUUGGGUAUCCAUCGUACUUGGCACCUGAGGUAAUUGCGCAAGGAAUUUUCAAAAUCAGUGAUCAUGUGCCAAGUGAGAAACCAUUGCCUUCUGGCCCCAAAUCAGAUGUCUGGUCUCUUGGAAUCAUUUUAUUUGAGCUCUGUGUGGGAAGAAAAUUAUUUCAGAGUUUGGAUAUUUCUGAAAGACUAAAAUUUUUGCUUACACUGGACUGUGUAGAUGACACUAUAAUAGUUCUGGCUGAGGAGCAUGGUUGUCUGGACAUUAUAAAGGAGCUUCCUGAAACUGUGAUAAAUCUUUUAAAGAAGUGCCUCACCUUCCAUCCUUCCAAGAGGCCAACCCCAGAUGAGUUAAUGCAGGACAAUGUGUUCAGUGAAGUGUUACCCUUAUACCCUCCCUUUAUCAAACCUGCCAGCCUGUUUUCUUCUUCUCUGAGAUGUGCUGAUUUGACUCUGCCGGAGGAUAUCAGUCAGUUGUGUAAAGAUAUAAACAAUGACUACCUGGCAGAAAGAUCUAUUGAAGAAGUGUAUUACCUUUGGUGUUUAGCUGGAGGUGACUUGGAAAAAGAGCUUGUGAACAAGGAAAUCAUUCGAUCCAAACCACCUAUCUGCACACUCCCCAAUUUUCUCUUUGAAGAUGGUGAAAGCUUUGGACAAGGUCGAGAUAGAAGUUCACUAUUAGAUGACACCACUGUGACUCUGUCAUUAUGCCAGCUAAGAAAUAGAUUAAAAGAUGUUGGUGGAGAAGCAUUUUACCCACUACUUGAAGAUGAUCAGUCUAAUUUACCUCAUUCAAACAGCAAUAAUGAGCUGUCUGCAGCUGCCACUCUCCCUUUAAUCAUCCGAGAGAGGGACACAGAGUACCAACUAAACAGAAUCAUUCUCUUUGACAGACUGCUAAAGGCUUAUCCAUAUAAAAAAAAUCAAAUUUGGAAAGAAGCAAGAGUCGACAUCCCUCCUCUUAUGAGAGGUUUAACCUGGGCUGCUCUUCUGGGAGUUGAGGGGGCUAUUCAUGCCAAGUAUGAUGCAAUUGAUAAAGACACUCCAAUUCCUACAGAUAGACAGAUUGAAGUGGAUAUUCCUCGUUGUCAUCAAUAUGAUGAGCUGUUAUCCUCACCAGAAGGUCAUGCAAAAUUUCGGCGUGUCUUAAAAGCCUGGGUCGUGUCCCAUCCUGAUCUUGUGUAUUGGCAAGGUCUUGACUCGCUUUGUGCUCCGUUUCUAUAUUUGAAUUUCAAUAAUGAAGCUCUGGCUUAUGCCUGCAUGUCUGCUUUUAUCCCCAAAUACCUGUACAACUUCUUCUUGAAAGACAACUCACAUGUAAUACAAGAGUAUCUGACUGUGUUCUCUCAGAUGAUUGCAUUUCAUGAUCCAGAGCUAAGCAAUCAUCUCAAUGAGAUUGGAUUUAUUCCAGAUCUCUAUGCCAUCCCUUGGUUUCUCACCAUGUUUACUCAUGUAUUUCCACUGCACAAAAUUUUCCACCUCUGGGAUACCUUACUGCUUGGGAAUUCCUCCUUCCCAUUCUGUAUCGGAGUAGCAAUUCUUCAGCAGCUGCGUGACCGACUUUUGGCUAAUGGCUUUAAUGAGUGCAUUCUUCUCUUCUCUGACUUACCAGAAAUUGACAUUGAACGUUGUGUGCGAGAAUCAAUCAACCUGUUUUGUUGGACUCCUAAAAGUGCUACUUAUAGGCAGCAUGCUCAACCUCCAAAGCCAACGUCUGAUAGCAGCGGAGUCAGAAGUUCGACACCUUAUUUCCCCACUGAGUGUCCAGAUCCUCCAAAAACAGACCUGUCAAGAGAAUCCAUUCCGUUAAAUGACUUAAAGUCAGAAGUAUCACCCCGGAUUUCAGCAGAGGACCUGAUUGACUUGUGUGAGCUUACAGUGACUGGCCAAUUCAAAACACCCACCAAGAAGACAAAGUCCAGUAAACCAAAGCUCUUGGUAGUCGACAUCCGGAAUAGUGAAGAUUUUGUUCGGGGUCACAUUUCAGGCAGCAUCAACAUCCCAUUCAGCACUGCAUUCACUGCUGAAGGGGAGCUUACGCAGGGACCUUGCACGGCCAUGCUCCAAAGCUUCAAAGGGAAAGUCAUUGUCAUCGUGGGGAAUGUAGCAAAGCACACAGCAGAGUUUGCAGCUCAUCUUGUGAAGAUGAAAUAUCCGAGAAUCUGUAUUCUAGAUGGUGGCAUUAAUAAAAUCAAGCCCACAGGCCUCCUCACCGUUCCAUCUCCUCAAAUAUGAAGAACAAGAGCAUGGCUGUUAAAAGGACAGAAUAGCCUCACCCCCCCGCAGCACAACUGUCCACAGCCUUGCCACUGUGACAGAACUAGACUCCAGAUUGUUACAUCUUCAUAAAGUUUUGUCAUGAGACAUUUAUUUUUUAAAACGCAUGACCCAAAUGUUCAGCUAUCCAGGAAACUUGACUUUACAUGUAUUGCUGAAAGAAUUUUCUUCAUGGUGAAAUCCGAUCGUGUAUUUUUUACCACAUCAACACAAAGCCAGAAGAAUUCAACUGACGAGGCAGGUUUAGCAUUAUCAAGAAAUCUUGUUGCACUGAAAAGGCUGUCUUCCACAGCACUGAGCAGACAGUCCUAACAGAGGUAUUCUUUAGAAAUAUAGACUGAAUGUGGGCUGAAAUCAUUCUUCCAUGAUAAAGAAAAGUGAAAAGCUAUUCACCAUACAUUCCUUAUAAGUACAUGUUACAUUUGGUAACUCAUUUUUGGCCCAGACAUGUGUAUGUGUGUGUUUAGAGGGAGCAUUAUUUAGCCCAUCAGAGAAAGUAAUAACAGUUCUGGAAAAAUGAAAGUCAGAAACUAUUCAUAUUAUAUAGAAUAUUGUUCAGCUUCUGUAGCUGAGACACUAAAAAUAAGAGUGACUUAGACAAAAUAGAACUUUGUUUUUCUCUCAUGUAACACCCUUGCAGAGUUAGUUGAGGGCUAGUGUAUUGGAUUCAUAGUGAUUCAGAACUCAGGUGUCUUUUUUCACUGCUCCACCACCCUCAGCACUGGGUUUCUAUCUCAUAGACCAAGAUGGCUGUUCAACUCCCUCCAUCAUAUCUGCAGUUUGGAAGGAAGGGAAUCUCAGAGGAGGGAGGGGGAAAAAGAAGAGAAGGUAAAAAUAGGGAGGAAGAAGAGAAGGGAGGGCAUGUUCCUUCUCUUUAAGGGCACAAACCAGAAGUUGCACAUGUUACUUCUGCAUACAUACUAUUAGCCAGAACUUAGGCAUGCGGCCACAAUUAGCUAUCAAGAAAACUUGAAAUACAGUUUUGACUGGGCAGUCAUUUACCCAGUUAAAAUUUUUAUUACUGUUUAGGAAGAGAACACAUUGAAGGACAGCUGGCAGCCUCUGCCACAUAAUUCUAAAGAUCAAGCAUUUCGUUGAACCUAAGAUAUAUCACAACUUUAUGCACCAUGAAGAAAGAAAAAUGCAGCCAAAUAAACUGUGACACCCUAUCAAUUAUAGGAUUCAUUUCCAUUUCAGAAAUGUGAAAAAAACAUGCAUCUUAGAAUUAUUAAAAUACAGUAUGUUUUUUUGACUAUGUUCAAUUUUGUUAACUAAAACAUGAUCUUUUAUCUUUAACUUGUAUUCCUCUUCAGUAUUAGGACUACGUAAGUAGAACAUUUCAAUAAGAACCUCAGUCCAACUUUCCGGACUAUGGUUUUAUCACUGCAGUUUGUUUUGGGGUUUUUUGUCAUCUAUAUUUUUAAUUCAUAUAUAAUUUAUAUACCUUAAAAUCCAGCCUUUUAGAAUGUAUAAUUCAUGUUUUUUAGUAGAUUCACAAACCUGUGCAACAAUCACUGUUAAUUUCAGAACAUUUUCAAAACCCAAAGAAGAAAUCCUCUACCUGUGAGCAGGCAUUCCCCAUUGAUCCCCUCCCAAGAUCUUUAAUUUGAUUUUUAUGUAUGGAGUGAGAUAAGUAGCCAACUUCAUUCUUGCACGUAGAUGUCAAGUUGUCCCAGCAGCUGUGUUGGGUUUUUUUUUUUUUUUUGCUCAAUUAAAUUAUAUUCAGUCAUUCACUAAAUAAAAGACCACUAUUUGCAAGACACUGCCAUAAUCAAUGGUUGUAUCAUUCUGUGAUCUCCACAGACUAUACAAAGAAAACUGUGAGAAUUAAUGAGAAAAGAAAAUUUUACCAUGAUUCCUCUAACAUCAUUCACCAUCAUCUACCCUGGUUAGGAAAAUAAGUCAUCCUAUCCAUUCCUUCAGUCUUUGAUGACUUAUUUGACUGCAUAAUCAGUGCAGCACUGAUGAUCGUUUGGGAGAAGUGCUUCUGAGUCUUAACUUUGCCUUUCUGAAAAGGCAGAGAAAGAUGGAGGAGCAGAGAUGUGGACUGAAAAGGGUUACAGGUAGGGAGAGAGGGUGAAGACCUGCGUUGUGAGGGUGGCUGUGUGAGAACGUAAUAGCAACCAACCUCCAUUACAGCUUUGCAUUUGUUCUUUCUUAAAGUGAUACAUUUAGGCUUAUUUUGAAAAACUUGGGAGUUGUUUUUAAAACAUUCAAAUUAUUAAUAAUAUUUAAUAUUCUCAGCAGUUAAAUAAGCAAGCAUACAAUCCCUGCCACAUCUACAUGCAGGGUAUGUUAUUCAAUGGCAGAUGGUUUCAACAAAGUUGACCUCACAACUAUUUGUUGAAUUAAACCCUAUAUAACCCUUGACUUGUAGAGGUCCUUUUUAAUUUAUUAUUGACUCCUGCACAGUCACUAUCAGCGCUGUUUAUUUUGGCAUCAGCAGUCUCUUCCUUCUGCCUGGAAUGUCCUUAUUACCACCACCAGCUCCACAGACACACACACACCCACACGCACACAUACAUCUACAGAUUCUUCAUAGUCUCUCACCAGUAGCAUGGUCUCCAGUUUUCUCUGACUUCUGUGUGCUGCGCUGAGCCUCAAGUCUAUCAAAGCAUUCCAUUCAUACUUCUAGUAAUAGACUUAUUACAUCACUUUGCAAUUAUCUGUUCACAUUUGGAACCCCUAUUUUUAAAAUGUGAUCUCCCUUUAAAGUUAGAGUCUAUAAUUUAUACCUUUUGUUAUCUUCAGCAACCCAGUACACUGGCAAUGCUUGAUAUAUGUAGAAUUGAAUCGCUAGCUUAGAGAUUUUAUAUGAAUAUAAGAAAUCCAGGUAAUUUUUUUCAAGUGCCAAACUCAUCUGGUACCUGAUGAUAUAUAAAUAGAAAUUUCAAUUCAUGGAGUAAAGAUAGGAUCUCUAAUAUUUUACCCAACUCUAAAAUUCUAUACAACAGGAUAGACUAAGCUAGUUGCCUCCACUUUCCAAAACAUAGAAAUGCUAAAUUUAGAAAUAUUAAUAAAAAUAUCUCAUACUUAACUAAGACUGAAAGAAUAAAACAAAUUUCUGGUGUCAGCUAUGAAGAAGAGCUGGGAUAUCAGAUAUCAAUAUAAGCCCUAGGAGCUGAAGUUCAAGGGAUAGAGGCCUUGGGUCUUCUGGUAAGGAUUUGGUACUAAGACUCCUUUACAGAGUGACAGUUUCAGAGAACUCUUUGCUCCAUGAAAUGACUAGAGAUGGCUUUGAGCCAAAUCGGGGAAACUAUAGGGAAAAUGGUCAUGGCCUGAUAUUUUGGGGGAAGACAUCUGUUAUAGACAGAUGGAGACAUUCAAUGGAAAGGCUGGAUUAAGUCCCCAGACUAGGACAGGCCUUAGGGCAUGUGUUUAUCUGACUGUUUAAAAAUGAGAAUAAUGGACCUUCCCUGGUCGCUCAGUGGUAAAGAAUCUGCCUGCCAAUGCAAGAGACACAGGUUUGAUCCCUGAUCUGGAAAGAUCCUAGAUGCUGCUGGGAAGAUCCUAGAUGAGUGCUCCACAGCUACUGAACCUGUGCUCUAGAGCUCGGGAGCCGCACCCACUGAAGCCCUCGCGCCCUCGAACCCGUUCUCUGCAACAAGAGAAGCCAGCACAGUGGGAAGCCUGCAUUCCAUAACUAGACAGCGCUCUAGCUCACAGCAGCCACAGAAGAGCUCACUUGGCAACAGGAAACCAGCACAACGAAAAAAUAAUAAUUUUUUUUAAUGAGAACAAUGAAUUAUAUCAAACUUCUGGGAAACAGUACCAGAUAUUUGUUUGACUCCUUUGUUUCUUCCUCCAAAUAAUUACUGAAAAAUACUUCUUUAGAAAUUAAUAGCAAAAGUGUGGUAUAGUCUUUGAAGAGGACCUCCGGCAGUAGACUCCCUGGUGAAAUCCACAAGAGGGAAGUUGCUGCCUUGACUGCCAUGGCUUGUGGUUGCUUCCCUCUGUCAAAGUCAUAAUAGUCGUCUCACUGGUAUACUUUCUGGCUCUACAUAUGCCUAUUGUUAACCAAACAAUGCCUUUUUCUUGAUCACUCAUUAAGCCAAAGAGUGGAAGCAAAAUGAGAUUAUAAUAGAUUUUUCUUUUUGAGUGUUCAAUGUGUACUAGUUCUAUCAGAACUCUUUGUAAAUUAGCUAUUUAAAAAGUUAGCUGUGUUUUUUUUUAAGUUACAUGUAUUUUUAUCUUCUCUGAGUAAUUUUCUUGUUAAUAUCUUAUGAUAGGUGCUUGUCACAUGAAGACUAAACUUGGAUCUUGGCAAAUUCCAUAUUCUAUAGAUAGACUGUUAUAUUUGUAGCUGGUACUAGUGACUUUCCAGCCUAAUGUCUCCUCUUGGAGUGAUGAUCUUUGAUAUCUUUUCUCUUCCCCUUGAGAGGACUCAUUUUUAGUUUCCAUUGUUUGCAGCAUUUCAAUAAUACCGCUCUAUUCUAAUGUUCACAGUGCCCAAUAAGCAAUGCAUGCAUAGGUACCCAGGUACAGUAUUGCUAGCAUUCCUUGAUAUCAUGUACUAAUCCUCAGGGUGAUGGAGAUGUAAACACUGUCCUGUCUUGGCUUAAGACUAAUCUCGGAGCUAUAGCAAGUGCAUUUAAAGCUUUAGAUCAGAUUCUAAAUACUGUUUCUUGCCACACUGAAAGAGUCAACUUUUGAAACUAUUAUUGUCAUAAUAGGUAGCUGUGACUUUUUGAAAAACAUUACAUGGUCUACCAAUCUUUUAAAAAGCUGUUAUAGUGUGAUCAUUUAAAUAUUAAAACUCGAGACAGUUCAUUCAUUAAUUUUCUUAUUAAUGCUGGAAACUCUUUUUUAAAUUUUUUAUUAUUAAUUUCUUCUCAACUAUAUUUGCAUACUCUUCAGUCUUUUAUGGUAGAAUAACUUACUGUUUUCAGGCUUAUAGUUUGUUAGAACUGUUCCUGGUGGCUUGGAACUGCUGAAUGUGCCCAUUUUUUCCCAAUUCCACAUUCAGUGACCUUGGUAGCUUAAGACUGGCCAUGGCAGGAGUAUUUAGAAAUAGACAGACAUCAUAAAACAUGGCUUUCUUUUCACUCAUUUUUAUUUUUUGAAAGGCAGUUAAUAAUAUUUACCAGAAAGCUACUGAUUUUAACCAUCCUAUGCUCAGUAGAUUAUCUCUAGAUUAUAAAUCAUGAAUAUAAAUUUAAAGAUCAUCCAAUCCAAACAUCAUUACCCAAACAAUAAUAACAGUGAAAUGAUUUUGUACAAAUCACAUAGCUAGUAAAAGAGCCAAAAUUACAUUUCUGCUUUCCUGAUUCUUAACACAUUUCUCUGUCUACAACAUACAGAUGGAGAAGGUAAAAAACACCAAUUUUGACCCAUUACACACUUAUUACAGCAAAUUUAGGUCAGGCUUGUGUUAUAUUAUGCAUAGGAUAUGAAAAUGAAGCACAAAAAAAAUGUUGACUAAGGUCACUGUUAGCUCUGUGAUGUAGAAGUGUCACUUAGGAUUAACUCCUAGCAGACACCUCUCUCACUGCCCUUUCCAUAUUCACUCACAAAACAGUAAAGAUUUCCAAGAAAAGAAACACAAUUAAGUGUCUGCAUUCCCCCAAACUGAGGGAAGAACCACUGUUCCCGGGAACUCCUGCUAUAUAUUAAGUUACCUCUUCAACUCCAAGACGGUAUUACCCAGAAAACACUUCUCUGGUGGAGAACACUGUUUCUAUAAACAGUCAAGUCCUUGAUAUACCAGGUCAAAGGUGGCCUUUAACCUUUGCCUUCUAUGUCUUGGCUAGGCACCAGGCUUGAAGAACUGGAGAAGUCCUUGUAUCAGCCUCCCAGUCACAAGUGGAAAGCCAAAGAGAGGGACCACAAGGAGAGAGGUUAUUUAGCUAGUUUCUAGGUCUAUUAAUCAUAAAAGAGAAGAAAUAGACUUUAGUUAGGUCAGAGGUCAGUUAAAUCAUAGUUCGGUCACAGGUCAGAUAGUUUGCUAUCUUGAAAAAAUAAUUUUAUGCCUGAGGUAAACAAUCUUGAUAAUUUAUUACUUGUCAGAUAUAUCUUUUCUAAAAUUAUCUUUGAGAUCAUUAAUAAUCUCAUGUACCAGGCAUUCAUUUCCAUGAAUUCCACAUUGGGUUAUUAGGGACCUGAAAGGCAUGGGAGGAAUAUGAUCACUGGAUUGAGCCCAAAUGACACAAAGAGUAAUUUGCAUACUAAUGUACAACCAAUAAAAGAGAAUCUUUUAUUUCAAUAUGUAAUAAGGAUUAAAAGCAACCUCUGUGCUCACACACCAUUAUUAAUUAUGUAUGGCAAUACAGAAUUGCAGGAUAAAACAUCUAAUGCAGUGGUCAGUAUGAACACUUGUUUUUGUUCAGUCUCUAAGUCAUGUCUGACUCUUUGUGACCCCAUGAACUGCAGCACGCCAGGUUCCUCUGCCCUCCACUGUCUGCUGGAGUUUGGACAAAUUCAUGUCCGUCGAGUCAGUGAUGCUAUCUAACCACCCCAUCCUCUGUCACCCCCUUCUCCUACCAUCAAUCUUUCCCAGCAUCAGGGUGUUUUCUGAUGAGUAGGCUCUUUGCAUCAGGUGGCCAAAGUUUUAGAGCUUCAGCUUCAGCAUCAGUCCUUCCAAUGAAUAUUCAGGGUUGAUUUCCUUUAGGAUGGACUGAGUUAAUCUCCUUGCAGUCCAAGGGACCCUCAAGAGUCCUCCAGCACCACAAUUCGAAAGCAUCAAUUCUUCGGCACUCAGCCUUCUUUAUGGUCCAACUCACAUCUGUACAUAACUACUGGAAAACCCAUCACUUUUGACUAGAUGGACCUUUGUUGACAAAGUGAUGUCUCUCCUUUUUAAUAUGCUGUCUAGGUUUGUUGUAGCUUUUCUUCCAAGGAGCAAGCAUCUUUUAAUUUCAUAGCUACAGUCACUAUCCACAAUGAUUUUGGAGCCCAAGAAAAUAAAAUCUGUCACUGCUUCCACUUUUUCCCUUCUAUUUGCAUGGAGCUGCCUGUGGCAUAGAUCAUGAACUCCUUGUUGUAAAAUUCAGGCUUAAAUUGAAGUAAGUAGGGAAAACAACUAGACCAUUUAGGUAUAAACUAAAUCAAAUUCCGUAUGAUUAUACAGUGGAGGUGACAACUAGAUUUAAGGGAUUAGAUCUGGUAGACAAAGUAUGUGAAGAACUGUGGAUGGAGGUUUGUAACAUUGUGCAGGAGGCAGUGACCAAAACUCAGUUUGAUCAUAUUAACUCUUAUUCUGAGCCUGAUUCUUGUUUAUAAAGGAGGUGAUUGUCCCAGAAGUGUUGUCCACACCUGUUCUCCACAUGCUCUGCAGAGGCCUUCCUGAGAUAUGGCUUGGCACGAAGGCCCCACCAUGAGAAACUGGUAGAAACAGGAAGAAUCAACUUCCAGUAAUUUAUCUAUUUAUCUCUGUGUAGAAAAAAAAAAAAAAGACAUCAGAAAAGACUGAUUCAGAGCUAGGAGGUUAGUUUGAGUUCUGUACUUUCUCAGAUUAGUCUGGUGGAGGCUGAUCAGUGUUGGAAAGUUUUUCACCCCUACUUUGGGGCUACUACAGCAAUGACUGGACAAUGACCCCCUAAACUGUGGUUUAUCUAUAUUUAGUUUGUAACAAGAAUUUUUUUCAUAUCAGCAUGCCCUACUGUUGAUAUCAGGUAGUCUUGAUUUAUAUGACCAUUUGGUGCCUAAAAAGAGGCCUGAGGUGAGUGUUUUCCUGGUACCAAGAUAAAUUUUAAAAAACUAGCCCUUCCACUUUUUACAUUAAAUUAACUAAUAUGAAUCCUACAGGGAUUAAGUCUAACAGCAUCCCAGGUGACAGAAAAGACCUAUUUCAGAAGAACUAGUUCAGAAAUAAAUAUACCUAUAGUAUUUAUUUAGCGGGCUGCUGGUUAACUAAUACUUUAUGAAAUCUAUUGAGCAUGAAAUGUGCUGAUUAGGCAUUUAAGCACAUUCCAAAAUAUGCUUACUUCUAAAUCACAUAUUUUUUAAAAAGUGCGUAUGUGUAAGUGAAUGAAAUAAAGGAGAUGAUUUUAAUAAAU